AUGUUUCUCCCGAUUCUCUUGAUAAUUCUCUCGUGUUUCCUCGAGAAUUCCCUCCAGCAAUGUCUCUUCUCAGCAAUGCAAUGUAAUCCACCCCCAACAGCGCCUCCUUUCAUGCCACCACCAUUGCCCGAGCCAAGUCCACCGUGCGCAGCUGAGGGUUGUAAUGGAGUUGAGCCAGCACCCGUUUUUGCAUCAUAUCCAUGUUGUUGUGGUGCACCGGAGUCUUGUGGAAUGGGCAAGAGUGGGUGUGGAGGUGGGUGUGGUUCGGGUGGAUGCGGUGGUGGUGGUGGUGGUAGUGGUGGUGGUGGCAGAUCAGUUGGAGCUGCUGGAGGUUGUGGUAAG